AUGUUACGCGUUUUUCGUGUUUUGUUGUUAUCGUUCCUCUUUAAAUGCUCCAAGUGCGAAGAUAUCGAAAUCGUGCAUUUGCAGUUCUCGUCGAACAACAACGAUUCAGCGGUUCCAUUGACUUUCAGAGCUUUUGGUAGAAAGUUCAAUUUAUCGCUGAAAUUGAACGACAAUUUAUCCAAGUCAAAGGUCGAAAUUUGGAAACGAUCGAACAAUAGCAGGCUAGACCGAUUAAAUUAUCCAAAAAGCUCGUCUUGCUAUUACUCUCAUCGAGACUCGUCGAUCAGUGCAGCAAUUAAUUUGUGCGAGCCUAGCGGCGUGGUUCGUAUAAGUCAUUUUUCAUGGUUUUCAUCGACUGGAUCGAUCGUUUGUACAAUAAAAGAAACACAGCAAAAUGAAACGAAGCCACCGAGACUGACGGUAGAGUUGGGCGUGUUCUUCGACGCCUGGGCCUAUCGGAUUUUCCGAGCGCAGCUGGACAGCGACGAGGAGCUGGUCGAUCUGCUGUUGGCCUACGUGAACAACAUCCAAGCACUGUACCAGCACCCGAGUCUGGGUCGGGAGAUCGACGUGGCGCCGGUGCGACUCGAGCUGAUGGAACGGCAACCGGCUGAACUGGCGACGCUCGAGGGUCAGCGCGACCGAGUCCUCGACUCCUUUUGCCAAUUCUCCAAGGAGUCGAAUCCUCCGGGGGACGAGGAGCCUCUGCAUUGGGACGUGGGCCUCUACAUCACGGGGCUGAACCUCUACUCGACCGAGGCGGACGGCGAGAAGAACUACGUGACGAUGGGGCUGGCUCGGGUCGGCGGAGUCUGCUGGGAUGACUACGCCUGCGUCAUCACCGAGUUCGGGGUCGACAACGAGCUGACCGGCAAACCUUAUCCCUCGGCGGGCUUCCAGUCGGUUUACGUUGCCGCUCACGAGAUCGCUCACAACCUUGGCAUCCAGCACGACGCGACGGGCAACAGCUGCCCCAAGGACGGCUACAUCAUGUCUCCGAGCCGCGGCGUCCAGGGCGAGUCCCAGUGGUCGGCUUGCAGUCGCGAGAGCGCCUCGAAGAUCCACGAGGUCAAGAAGUGUCUGCUGGACGGGCCGGAAUCGGAGGCGUCGAUCGGCAGCGACGCUCUCCAACAACAGGUCAUGGAACUGCCCGGGCGCCGCUGGAGCGCCAAGAGGCAGUGCGAGAUCUUGCUGAAAAACCGGAAGGCCGUCGUCGUCGAGAGCGAGAACCUGUGCCGAGCUCUCAAGUGUCAAAGUCCCUACGAAAAGGCGACUUUUUCGGCUGGGCCCGCCUUGGACGGUACCGCCUGUCAACUGGACAAAGAGUGCAGAGCGGGUGACUGUUUGGACAAACGGCCAAUCAGCAGCAGCGUUAGCAACAACGAAUCCAUAAACGAGCUUCACAACGGCAUCUGCAAUGACGCGGCGGACACGACGACGGCUUGUAAAAAACGCCGCAGAGCCGAGAAAUAUGCCGGCGAACGAUGUCGGACUCACUCGCAGCAGGGCAUUGCCGUUGCCGGCGUGCAGAUGCGACACGAAAGCGAACGUCCUUGGCGAGCUUGCAUGAUUUUCUGCAAGCAGAGCUACGGACAGGACUCGUUUGCCAACGACACCCUUAUUAGCCUGCUGGAUUUGCAAAAAGGUCAAGCCGGUUGUAGGCAUCAACGGCCGCGAGACAGCAACGGCAACGAGGACGCGGCUUAUUUUCCCGAUGGCACUUGGUGCCACAGCGACCACAACGAUCGGCUCGAUUAUUUCUGCAGAAAACGCCGAUGUACGCCGAAAAAGUAAGGACUUGCCGCGAGUCUCGUUUCUAGUUAUCGCAUCCUUGAGGCUCCCAAACUUGUACAGGUCGUGUAUGCAUAAGUAUGAGCAUUGAUCGGUACGCGAUCGCGAUUAAUCUUUCGCUGACUCAUCGUCAUCUCCGCUCUGCUCCACAACGAUUAUCGUCGCUUGAUUACAUUUUUUUUCUUACCUUUUUUUUCGACGUAAUCGCGACAAAAAAAUUGUCGCACGCGACGAGCGACCAAAGAUCCGCAUCGCCCACCUGUAACGAUACAUUAAAUCUUUGCUCGAGCAUACAAAGAGAGAACGAAGACUGCAAAGAGUUUAUAGUUGGAGCUCAAGUAGUUCCAUACAUAAACACCCACCCAAACGGCUGACGCAUCGAAAAAAGCGAGUCGAAGCGCGCACGCAACCGACGAGCAACAGGUUAAAGGUACUUUGUCGACUCGAUUUCUCACAGACUCGAUCGUUAUCUCCCUCUACCAUCGUGGCGAAAAGUCUUUUGUUGACUGUUCAGACUGUUCGACUAUAACGGACUCUCCAACGACUUCCAGAAAAUCAACAUGAGUAAUAGAAAUUUGAGCUCCGUUCGUGGCUAGUCACCUUUGACCGGUUUGCAAUUUCUCUGGUAACGAUCCCCUCUACCUUUUCAGCGAGCAGCGAGACAUCCUGAACGAAGUGUAACGAUCUCGAGCCGGCGAGUGCGAUUCAUUUGUGCGACUUCCAGUCGCGGAUCAUCGACGCAGUACUGCGCUCAUUGCACCAACUCGUUUCGGAUUCAAGACAUCGGCCAGCAUCUUUUUAUCCUCACAUUCUGCGUCUAUGCAAAACAAACAAAAGAUCCUGCGAUUUCAAUUAUGAAAACAUUUUCAAAGUCUCGACUCGCGGAUCAAAAUUAAAGCAAGAGUCACUGGUUUAAUUAAAUUGAACUUGCUCAUUGAUUGACGACUGAUUAUCUUACGGUUUUUUAUUCUCUUUUUUUUUGUUCUUGUAACCUGUGAAUCAUGCAUAACGCUUCAUAUCAAUAAUAAUGUCAUAUUACUUGCCAAGUUUAAUAAAGUUAUGGUCAUUUCCACUUCAAACCGAUAUAAAACUUCUUUUCAUUUUAAAGAAUGUGUGUAUGUGCCGUGUAGCGAAUUGUGCCGAGUGCAAAAAAUGUCUGACUUCGGCGUAUUGUACCAUAGUGCAUGUGUGGAGA